AAUCAUCUUGCUGCUGGCCUGCUGCCGGUUUCUCUUAUCUAAAAGAAAAAAUCUCUAGGAUCUUUUCCCUUUUGUAAUUUUUUGAUUAAACAAAUUCAAAAUAAGGAGAUAUAUGAAAACUUAAAGUCACAUCCUAACAUUGAACUAACACUUCCUGUUACAUCUCACUUACACCCAUUACUUUCUUCUUCUUAUUCUUUUUUUCUAGUAUAUUUUAGACACAUUUCCACUAAGAUGGAUAAGGUUAGUGAUUUGGCUUCGAGGCAGGCUGCUGUAAUCUUUACCAAGAGAUCUUACAUGUGCCAUAGCAUAAAGGUUAUAUUUUAUGAACUUGGGGCAAGCCCUGCAAUCCAUGAACUGGAUCAGGAGAUUAGUGGGAAGGAAAUGGAAGGAGCCCUUCGUGGGCUAGGCUGUAAGUCUGUCCCAGCUGUGUUCAUAGGUGGUAAAUUUAUAGGCUCAUCAAAAGAUGUCAUUUCUCAUCAUCUUGAUGGCUCCCUCAGGCAAAUGCUCAUUCGAUAUAUACAAAACUUUCUUUGUUUUUCAACCAAUAACUUGAAGUUGUCAUAUUUGGAUGAUUUGUAA